AUGGCAAAUAUGAAUGAGAGUGUUCAAGGCCCAAAUCUGCCAACAUUGGCAGAUUUAAAAAAUCAUUUGCGCAAAGAGCCGCUCUACUUCCAGGCGUUGGAAGAUUAUUUACGAAAUGCGGCGAAUUUGAUUAAUAAUUUGCGGGCGAGGUUGGAAAGAAAUGAGCAUGAAGCUCAUAAGGAUGAAGCGAUCCAGGUUCCAAGCGCAAGUCCUCCGCCAACUCGGGAGCAGUUGGAAAUUUCCCAUGAGCUCCUGGAGCACGAGCCCGAAAUGGAGGGCGAGCAUGAAAAUCAGGAGAGGCUCGUGCUCCACCGCCUCCAACAGCAGCUAUAUGAAGAGCAAGAAGUGAUUGAACCAGUACCGGCACUGGUUCACGAUGAGGAGGCGGAAGAGUUGGUGGAGUGGCGUCAGGUAUCACAAGAAGCGCCCCUCAACGAAGAAGUGAUACCGAGAGCGCCUACAAUGGUCCGGCGACGCAGGAAAAUGAUACGAACUCGUGAAAUAGUACUGCGUUCCCGAACGAUACGGGUGCCAGUUGUAGAAGAAGAGGAAGAACGUGGCGCAGUAUCAGCAAAUGCGGAACCCUUCCACACGCCGGUAGUGGAAGGUUUACCGGCGAAAUACCGACGGCUGCUGAUCGCGCCGGAAAUCGACCCGUACACGAUCACUCGAAGUGCUGACGGGUCGACCACAAUUGGGUGCGGUAUGUGCCCAAAGGAAUUUGGGACCUUGAAGGGAUGGCGAAUUCAUGCCAGUAGAAUGCACCGACAAAGCG